CUCAAGCUGCUCGGGGAGCUCACGACAGCGGCGCCCUCUUUGAUGGCCGCCCCUCCUGGGCGCAGGGCUGCUGCCCCUAGGGCGGCCAUCAUGGCACGUGGCCCGGCAGCCGCGGCGGCGCCGAACAGCGGAGCCGCCGUUGGGGGCAGGAGCGGCGGCGCUGCUGGCAGUGCCUCGGCUCCGCGCUGCCGUGCCCAGAGCAUGCUGUCCGCACGGGGCGCGGCGGCGCUGGGUGGCCCAGGCCCAGGCUCAGGGCCAGGCCUGGCGGUGCUCUCCGCAAGGAGCACCACAGCUAGGUCCGUGGGGGACCCUGUGGGGGACGCCAGCCUGGUGACACCCCCUUGGGGGCCCGAGCGAGCGAACAAGGACGAGCCCGACUGGGAGAAGAACUCCCAGAAGCAGCAGUGUUACCACAAGCAGCUGGACGAACAGAUCGCGCUGAAGGCGGAGCUGAGCAGGCUGCGGACGGCGGAGCUGGCAGAGCUGGAGAAGAAGUCCGCUGUGACGCUGUCCACCGGCACCCACGUGUGGGGCACUGAGGCCUACGACGUCCAGGGCCAGAAGGAGAUUUUUCACGAGCUCAAGGCUCAGGUGGAGGAGCGCAGACAGCAGCGGCAGGCUUUGCGGGAGGCCGAGCGCGCCGAGUACACCAGCAAGAUCGCCAGGUCGGAGAAGUUGCUGUCGAUACACUGGGAGGAGAAGCGGCGCCAGAGGCAGCAGGAGCAGAGCGAGUUCGCGGCAAGCCUGCGAGCCGCCAUGGAGGACAAGCGCAGGCGUGAGGAGCAGGAGCGGGCUGACCGCCUGCAGAGCGAGCGCGACCAUAUCCGUCGCGUCGUCCAGGGCAAGCAGCAACCGCGGCGAAUGCGCAAGCCCGGGGCCCCUCCUGAGUACUCGCCCGAGUGACGGCUCGCGCGCCCCCCAGGGGGGUCCAGACGCGCCGCCCAAUCGAGCCCUCGCCGCUACAACCCCCUGAUAGGCGCGCAGGGCGGCGAGAGGAGGAGUCCGCCCCGCUCAGCUGUCCUCACUGUGAGGCGCGCGCGGGAAAAAGACAUCGAGCUCCCGCAUCAGCUGCCGCACGUGCCGCCCCACAGCUCGGGACUCUUGGUCCUCGUCAGCUUGUCUUCGUGAAUCCUGGCAGUCUGUCCCCGGCCUCUUCAGGACUUGUGGAUUAGGGUGUCGUGAGUAGCUUCGACGAAUACGCCUCGGGGGUGGGACGGGCUUGUUUUUGAAUGUUGUAGGAAGGGGGUGUUUCACGAAGGAGCCGCGUUUCACGACGUUGCUGGACGCUAGUGCUCUGCGUGCUGCUGUCAACCUCACACCGUAGCCAAAGGCAGUCGAAGACGCCGCUGGCGAGUCGAGUCACCGCCGCCCACAUAAAUUGGAGGGCCCCUGCGCCUCUUCGGGCCUCGUGGGUAUGAGCCAGAUAGCCUCAAGAACAGUGUUGUGGCCUCUCCGCCCUUAUCCGCCUAGGCUUUCUCGCUUCUCUUCCGCGCCCGUUGCCAUUCGACCCAAGCUCAUCGACUCCCCAAUCGAUUGUACAUUCGCCAUUCCUGCAGGUGCGCGCUGGCAUGAGCGCCGGUAUUUUGACAGGCUGGUUGAGUGAACGAUCUGAUUGUCGCCAUGGGCUCUUUCAGCCGGCUUGACGUUCCGAUUGUCUGGGGGUCGCUUCGAGACCGGUGGUCAGCAAGAGAGGGAUGAGUAGUUCGGGGGGUAAGGGGUGGAGCCAGAAGGGAGGGGGAGGAGGGCGAAUGUCCUUUGGCUUCUGGUGGCCAUCCUUUUUGAUGCCUGACCUGAGGUGGUGUGCAGUGCUCAAGCCGUACGGCUUCGCUGUCUCGCGCGACGUGGCGGCGGCGUUUCCGCGGCCGUCUGUCGAGACCACUCUGCGGCCAUUCCUCGGCGAGGGGCGAGAGCUGGGCUUCCCCCUGGGGCUGCACCGCGCGGCGGAGGGGCUCCUGCUCGUGACCACGGACGGCCCCAUGCUCAGGUGCUUCAGCGACGUUGUCCGGCAGAGGCGCGUCGUGGGCGUCUUCCGGGUCCUCGCAGGGAUCCCCCCGGCGGCCGCGCGGCACACUUCCCGCGCUCUGCUCGAUGCUGGCGGGGGUGUUCUGCAGCAGGGUGCGCUCGUGUCCGGGGACAGCGCCGAGGUUCCUGCGGGCGGGAGCGGUGCGCACGCCGAGGGGAGCGCUGCCGCAGCCACGCAGUUUGUUCUGGAGAGCGGCCCCCGCCCCAGCGCGGCCUGGCCCGGCCUAUCGACUGCCGUGUUCUUGGCGCGUCCCAGCGCGGGAGCUGGUACUGCUGGGGCGAAUCAGUUGCGCGAGGAUUUCGCACGCGCGGGCUGCCCCGUGCUGUUCGACCCACGCCACUGCCCGACACGCGGCGGAGAGAGUGUGCCGACGCGUUCGUCCCAUGGGAUUCCUUUGGAGACGGUGCCAUCGAUUGGGGUGGGCGCUAUGGGCCUGCAGCUUCAGGAGCUGGAGUUUCCUCACCCGUUCCGAACAGGCGAGGCAGUGCGCAUCUCGCUGCGAGCUCCGCCGAAGGAGUGGGCAGCCCUGCAUGCUCCUGACGUCGAUGCAGACACUUCUCUGUAGUCAUCCAGGGUGGCCUGUGCUCAGAUGUGUGGGUGGCAGAGCGGAGGCGUUAAAAAAACAAACACAAGCCAUACAUGUUUCCUUCGCAGAAGUUCAGCAGGGAGUUCUGCAGGUGGACACUUCUAAGAAGGCAUGGUGCGC